GAAUACAUUUGCAUCUUGUCUGAGGCAUGACAAUCAAGUGAUAAUUCUAGUGUCCUUUACUUAUUGUUAUUAUUGUUCUUCCAGAUGGCUUUGUUUCCUCUUCUAAUUUGCAACUUUAAAAUCUUUCCUUUCUUAAAGCAAAAAGAGAACAUCCGUUGCCUGACCACCAUCGGGCACUUUGGAUUUGAGUGUCUGCCCUACCAGCUGGUGAACAGGUCCAUCCAGCAGGGCUUCUCCUUCAACAUCCUGUGUGUGGGAGAAACUGGAAUUGGAAAAUCAACACUGAUUAACACGUUGUUUAAUACGAAUUUGAAAGACAAAAAAUCCUCACAUUUUUACUCGAACGUUGGACUCAAAAUUCAGACGUAUGAGCUUCAGGAGAGCAAGGUGCAGCUGAAACUGACGGUGGUGAAGACAGUGGGCUACGGGGACCAGAUCAACAAGGAGGCCAGCUACCAGCCGGUGGUGGACUACAUCGACGCCCAGUUUGAGGCCUUUCUCCAGGAGGAGCUGAGGAUCAAGCGCUCCUUCUUCGAGUACCACGACACUCGCGUGCACGUGUGCCUGUACUUCAUAUCCCCCACGGGACACUCGCUCAAGUCUCUGGACUUGCUGACCAUGAAGAGCAUCGACAGCAAGGUGAACAUCGUACCAUUGAUUGCUAAAGCAGAUACAAUUUCUAAAAAUGACUUACAGAAGUUUAAGAGUAAGAUAAUGAAUGAAUUGAUUAGCAAUGACAUCCAGAUCUAUCAGUUCCCAAUAGACGAAGAACCUACCGUCCAAGCAAACUUGACUGGGGUGCUGCCGUUUGCCGUGGUGGGGAGCAUAGACGAGGUGAAGGUCGGAAAGAGGAUGGUGAGGGGCCGUCAUUACCCCUGGGGAGUUCUGCAAGUGGAAAACGAGAACCACUGUGACUUCGUGAAGCUCCGGGACAUGCUUCUCUGCACCAACAUGGAGGACCUGAAGGAGCAAACCCACUUCCACCACUACGAGUGCUAUCGGUGCCGCAAGCCAGAAAUGGGCUUUACAGACGUGGGUCCCGACAACCAGCCAGUUAGUUUUCAAGAGAUAUAUGAAGCCAAGAGACAAGAGUUUUAUGACCAAUGUCAGAGGGAAGAAAAACAGUUGAAGCACAGGUUCAUGCAGCGAGUGAAGGAGAAAGAGACGACACUGAAAGAUGCUGAAAAAGAGCUACAGGACAAGUUUGAGCACCUUAAAAGAUUUCAACAAGAGGAGAUAAUAAAGCUUGAAGGAGAGAGAAGAAAGCUGGAAGAAGAAAUCAUCGACUUUUGUAAAACCAAGGCUGCCUCCGAAAACCUGCAGACCCCGAUGUGCACCAACAUGAGGAAGGACAAAGAGCGUAAGAAGUAG